UGCCUUCUUGCACAUUUGGUUGCUACUCCACACACCGUCAUGUCUCUCGGAAAAGUUGCCCGGAGUUUGGUGAAACCAGCCCGGGGUGUCCUGCGGUCCUCGGCCUCGGCGUUGAACCGGAGCUACGCCGCUGUCGCGGAAGCCAGAGCGGUGCUGGAGAGCGAGCUCGACGGUAUCCGAGCAGCGGGGACGUGGAAAGCGGAGAGGAUCAUUACGUCAAAGCAGGGACCUCAUAUCAACGUGGACGGCAGCCGUAGCAGCAUUUUGAAUUUCUGUGCCAACAACUACCUGGGACUGUCCAGCCACCCAGAGGUGGUGCAGGCGGGGAUAGAUGCUCUGAAGUCAUAUGGUGCUGGGUUGAGCUCUGUCAGAUUCAUCUGUGGCACACAGGAUCUACACAAAAAUCUGGAGCAGAAGCUAGCAGAGUUCCAUGAGAGGGAGGACUGCAUCCUCUAUGCUAGCUGUUUUGAUGCUAACGCUGGACUGUUUGAGGUUCUGUUGGGCCCGGAUGACGCGGUGCUGUCUGAUGAGCUAAACCACGCCUCCAUCAUCGAUGGGAUCCGACUGUGUCGAGCUAAGAGGCUUCGCUACAAACACAUGGACCUCAGUGAUCUGGAGAACAAGCUCAAAGAGUCUCAGUCGUCUCGUAUGCGCCUGGUGGUGACAGAUGGAGUCUUCUCGAUGGACGGAGACGUGGCUCCCCUAACAGGAAUCUGUGACCUGGCGGAACAGUACGGAGCUAUGGUGUUUAUAGACGAAUGCCACGCCACCGGUUUCCUGGGGCCCCGGGGCAGAGGAACGGACGAGCUCCUGGGAGUGAUGGACAGAGUUCACAUUGUAAACUCCACCCUGGGGAAAGCUCUGGGAGGAGCCGCUGGUGGCUACACGGUUGGCCCUAAGCCUCUCAUCGACCUGCUGAGGCAGCGCUCGCGGCCGUACCUGUUCUCCAACUCCCUCCCCCCCCCGGUGGUGGGCUGUGCCACGCGGGCGGUGGAGCUGCUGCUCGCCUCCAAUGAGAUUUCACAGAGCAUGACGGCCAAAACCAUGAGGUUCAGGAACAAGAUGACGCAGGCUGGCUUCACCAUCGCAGGCUCAGCUCACCCAAUCUGUCCUGUGAUGCUGGGCGACGCGCGGCUGGCCUCCCUGAUGGCCGACGAUAUGCUGAAGCUAGGAGUGUAUGUGAUUGGAUUCUCCUUCCCAGUCGUACCAAAGGGCAAAGCCAGGAUCCGCGUUCAGAUUUCCGCCGCCCACACAAACGAAGACAUCGACCACUGCGUUGACGCUUUCAUCCAGACGGGCAGAAAGCACGGAGUCGUCUCCUGAAAAGGGACAAAUAAGCAGGAGUCAGAAAGAUCCAGCAACCAGUACGAGUUACUGAACAACGAUGAAGCGCUUGCUCUUACAGAUUGGGCCGCCUGUUACUCAAGACCUAUGAAUGUUGAUGAUGGAAAUAUUAGUUACAUUUGUAGGUCAACAGAGGUUAAUGUUAUUUUUGUGUUUGCUUAGCUGAAUAAAGUACAUUGGCCAACAUGUGAAGGUG